GUGGCACUGAGUUCUGAGAAAAUUAAGAUGGCGUAUAUCUCGAUAUUUGCAAGAAGCUUUGGCAAGAAUGAGAAGAAGAAGUUGGGAUAUGGAGCUACUGGAAGUUUGAUUAUGGCAUUCGGCAUUUGGAUUGUGUUCAAGCAUUAUUUGUGUCAAGUUUCAGUUUUGAGUUUGCAGAAGAUACCAAUAGAUGCUAGUCUUGAAAUGCCAGUGAAAGUGAUCAAUGAUACAAAAAUCUCAAGGUAUUUAGAGGGUGAGACAGAGAAAGUCAAGCCAACAUGCAAUUUCUUGGAACCAAGAUCAGAUUAUUGCGAGAUCACUGGCGACAUAAGAGUUCAUGGGAAAUCUUCCACUGUCUCUAUAGCUUCAUUGCAAUCAGGCUUUCAGGUUGGAAAUUAUUCAUGGAAAAUAAGGCCUUACUCUAGAAAAGAAAACUCAGUGGCAAUGGAGCUUGUUAAGAAUUGGUCAGUAAAUUCGCUGACAGGUUAUAAUAAAACUCAUCAUUGUAAACUCAAUCACAGUGUUCCAGCCAUUCUUUUCUCCCUUGGAGGAUUUUCAGGAAAUCAUUUUCAUGAUUUUAGCGACUUAGUGGUUCCUCUGUAUAUAACUUCUCAGCAAUUUAAUGGGGAAGUUCAGUUUCUUGUAACAGAUUAUAAACCCUGGUGGGUUUCCAAGUUCCGGAGAAUACUUGAGAAUCUUUCAAGGUAUGAAAUUAUAGACAUUGAUAAACAAGAGAAUGUCCAUUGCUUCUCAAGUGUGAUUAUUGGCCUGAAAUAUCACAAAGAGCUGAGCAUUGACCCUUCAAAAUCCCCAGCCGGAGUAUCCAUGAAAGAUUUCAGACGCUUCCUGAGAAGCACGUACUCCUUGCAGCGAACAAAAGCAAUAAAAUUGCGAGAAAGUGAUCAAGAUCGAAGGCCUCGGUUAUUAAUCAUAACAAGGAGAAAAUCGCGAGCAUUUGUGAAUGUGGGUAGAAUAAGUAAAUCAGCAAGAAACUUGGGGUAUGAAGUAGUAGUAGCAGAGGCUAAUCUUUCAACAGAUUUAACAAAAUUUGCAGCAUUAGUGAAUUCUUGUGAUGUGUUGAUGGGAGUGCAUGGAGCUGGACUGGCAAACAUGGUGUUCCUCCCUGAAAAUGCAAUUCUGAUUCAAAUAGUUCCGCUGGGAAAGAUCGAGCGGCUGGCAAGAGCUGACUUUGCGGAGCCUUCAAAAGACAUGAAUAUAAGAUACUUGGAGUAUAAUAUUGGGGUGAAAGAAAGCUCUCUGAUAAAAGAAUAUCCAAUUGAGCAUGUAAUUUUUAGAGAUCCAAUGGUAGUUCAUAAGCAGGGUUGGGGUGCAGUGAAGUCAAUGUACUUGGAGAGACAGAAUGUGAAAUUAGACGUGCAUAGGUUUAAACCCACAUUGUCAAAAGCUUUUGAGCUUCUACGUCAUUAGGGCUUAUAUUUAUAUAUUUAUAAUAUUGCUUUAUUUAUUCA